CUGUGAGCGGCUGUUUCAGGAAGCUCCACUCCACAGGACAACCUGCUCAGUUUCAUGUUAUAACGUGAAGCUGAUCUUCCCAUUCGAGAGUAAAGCAGCUAUUCAUACAAUUUAGACUUGUGAAAACAUCACUGAUUAUUUUAUAUUUGAUUUAUAAUAAUAGAUCAUUUCACCUGAAUCUUACACACUGGAGCUUUAACUGGUCUGUGAGCAACUCUCAUAUCUACUGUAAAGAGAGAAAGGAGGAGCCUGAGAACAGGGAGCGGUCAGACUCCAUUUUCACCUGAAUGAGCAGAAGGAAGGAAAGUGAGCAGACUGAAGAUGAGUGGUUAUGAGGAGGAAGAGGACAGAGCAGAGUCGCCAGUGUUCAGCUGUCUGUUUCUGAAGAGUGACUGGUCCAUGAGUCCUCCUCCAGUCUUCAGUAAUGAACCUGGACCCACACCCACAAAGGAGAGGAAGAGGAGUCAUGUUUCUGAGGAGGAGCAGUCAUCCUGCUGUGCUUCAUGUCAGGACGUCCUGAAGGAUCCAGUCUCCACCAGGAUUGGACACUGGUUCUGCAGACAGUGCAUCACCUCAUACUGGGACCAGUCUUGUUCUUCAGGAGAAUCAUCCUGUCCCCAGUGUGGACAAAGAUCCAGAACAGGAGCUGGAGCAGAUCGUGGUCUGCAGGAGGUUGUAGAUGAACAUAAGCUCAGUGUGAGGAGGAGAUGUGAACAUGUGACUGAAGGAAGUGAUGAAACAGGAAGUAGAACCCUCCUCAACAGGAUCUACACUGAGCUCUACAUCACAGAGGGAAAGAGUGAAGAGGUUAAUACUCAACAUGAGGUGAGGCAGCUUGAGACGGCUUCCAAGAUGAAGAUCCUCCACGACACUCCCAUCAAGGUCCACGACAUCUUUAAAGCCUCCACUGACCAGCAGAGCAGCAUCAGAGUCGUCCUGACCAACGGAGUCGCAGGCGUUGGAAAAACCUUCUCGGUGCAGAAGUUCACUCUGGACUGGGCAGAGGGUUUAGAAAACCAGGAUGUGGGUCUGCUGGCUGUGCUUUCGUUCAGGGAGCUGAACCUGGUGAAGGACCAGCAGCACAGUCUUCUCACGCUGCUCCAUGUUUUCCAUCCAGCGUUACAGAAGCUCACUGCAGAGACGCUCGCUGUCUGUAAACCUUUGUUCAUCUUUGACGGCCUGGAUGAAAGCAGACCUUCUCUGGACUUCAACCACCAGGAGCUUGUGUCUGAGGUCACACAGAGGUCAUCAGUCAACGUGCUGCUGACAAACCUCAUCCGGGGGAAUCUGCUUCCCUCGGCUCUCGUCUGGAUAACCUCCAGACCUGCGGCGGCCAAUCAGAUCCCUCCUGCAUGUGUUGACAGGGUCACAGAAGUACGAGGCUUCACUGACGCCCAGAAGGACGAGUACUUCAGGAGGAGAUUCAGUGAUGAAGAGCUGUGCAGCAGAAUCAUCUCACACAUCAAGACGUCCAGGAGCCUCCACAUCAUGUGUCAAAUCCCAGUCUUCUGCUGGAUCAGUGCGACAGUUCUGGAGCACAUGUUGACCACAGACCAGAGAGGAGAGCUGCCCAAGACCCUGACUGACCUGUACUCACACUUCCUGCUGGUUCAGACAAAGAGGAAGAACAACAAAUACGGUGAGGGACAUGAGACAACUCCACAGCAGCUGACGGAGGCUGACAGGGACGUUCUCCUGAAGCUGGGGAUGCUGGCGCUUAAACAUCUUGAGAAAGGAAACAUCAUGUUCUACCAAGAAGACCUGGAGCGGUGUGGUCUUAAGGUCACAGACGCCUCGGUGUACUCAGGAGUUUGUACUGAGAUCUUCAGAAGAGAGUGUGUGAUCUUCCAGAAAUCAGUCUACUGCUUUGUUCAUCUGAGCGUUCAGGAGUUUCUGGCUGCAGUCUACAUGUUCAACUUUUACACGCACAACACAGAAGAACUCAACAGCUUCUUGGGAACCUAUGUUGGCACAGACAGUACCUUCUCUCUGGAUGACCUCCUGAAGAGAACCAUGAAGAAAUCCCUCACCAGUACAAAUGGUCAUCUGGACCUGUUUGUUCGCUUCCUUCACGGCCUCAGUCUGGAGUCCAACCAGAGAGUCUUAGGAGGCCUGCUGGGUCGGACAGAGAACAAUCCAGAGAUCACCCAGAGAGUCAUCAACAACCUGAAGAAGAUGAAGAGUGAUGACAUUUCUCCUGACAGAAGCAUCAACAUCUUCCACUGUCUAACUGAGAUGAACGACCACUCAGUUCAUCAGCAGAUGCAACAGUUCCUGACGUCAGAGAACAAAUCAAAUAAGAAUCUCUCUGAGAUUCACUGCUCAGCUCUGGCCUACAUGCUGCAGAUGUCAGAGGAGGUUCUGGAUGAGUUGGACCUGAAGACGUUCAACACAUCAGACCAGGGUCGACUGAGACUGAUCCCAGCUGUGAGGAACUGCAGGAAGGCUCAACUCGGUGGUUGUCGACUCUCAGAGACUCACUGUGAAGUUGUGGCCUCAGCUCUGAAGUCAGACCCCUCACAUCUGAGAGAACUGGAUCUGAGCUACAAUGAGCUGCAGGAUUCAGGAGUGAAGUUGCUGUAUUCUGGACUGGAGAGUCCAAACUGUCGACUGGAGACUCUUAGGUUGGUUUACUGCAGUCUAUCAGAGAUCAGCUGUUCUUCUCUGGCUUCAGCUCUGAGGUCAAACCCCUCUCAUCUGAAUGAACUGGAUCUGAGUAACAACACAUUGCAGGACUCAGGAGUGAAGGAGCUGUGUGGUUUUCUACAAAGUCCAACCUGUCGACUGGAGACUCUGAGUUUUAUUUUUAUCCAGGUUGAUUCGCUGCAGUCUGUCAGAGAUCAGCUGUUCUUCUCUGGCUUCAGCUCUGAGGUCAAACCCCUCUCAUCUGAGAGAACUGGACCUGAGUCUGAACAACCUGCAGGACUCAGGAGUGAAGGAGCUGAUUGAUCUACAGCAGAGUCCAACCUGUCGACUGGAAACUCUGAGAUGGAGGAGGUGAUCUUUGGGGAGGUGAGUGUGAAGAGGACAGUGUUUGUGGACGGAGGCUAAGCUUUGUCCUGAGGAUCCAGAGGCUGAAGCAGCAGCAGUUUGUGUGUAGUCUCCAAUCUACACAACCCCUAAUCUGCAUGUGUUUGUGAGAUGAAGCCGGAGCACCUGGAGAAAACACGGAGAGAACAUGCAGACUCCACACAGGAAGACCCCAUCUGAACCGGAUUCAAACCAGCAACCUUCUCUCCCCGAUUGUGUUUAUUCACAUGAAGAAUGUGUUUAUUGAAAUGACACAACACAAGCAGAAUAUAUAAACCCUCUAUAAAGAGUCACAUACAGUGUGUUUAAGUUUGUCUUUAUUAUUGUCCACCUUUGUCCCUCAGUAUGUCUCCAUGUGUGUAGAACCACAUUCUGUGUAUAUGUUUGAUUAUAAUCUUAAAGUUCCUGGAUUCACGUCACUAAUUGAUUUAGUUCAACACAAAGUUCAACACAUUGAAAUCCCUUUGAGUUAUAAUCAGAGUUUUGGCUUUGACACAAAAAAUCCAAAUUCUGGACUUAAAAACGGGACGUUUUAAUUUCUGCAUCAGCUGCAGAGCCUUGGUUGCUGGUAAUUUCUCAAUAGUCAAGGACAAAGUCAUUACAAUUGUCUUUCUCACGUUUAAUUCACAUCUCCAGAUGGGCUCACAGUACAAAUGACGGGAUGGAUAUUAUACAAUGAGCAAAGACAUAGAGGAGAAACAGCACUUUAUACAUUAUCAAGCUCCUCCUGAAGAGUAAUAAAGUUAUCGAUCAGCCUCUUUGAUAUAUGAAAUGGGUGGCCAAUAUCCUGUCUCCCUCUCUGUCUCAGACCCCUGGAGUGACUCAGGGCAGGAAACAUCUCCGAGAUCCCACGAAUCCCCCGUUCCUUGAACCCUUUGUUCGGUGAUACUGUGUGUGAGGAAGUCAUAUAACAUCAGUUGCUUGAUUGACACCCUGAUAUCUAAGGGAACCCAUUUGUUCAUCUUUCUAAACAUUGUGAUGGAAAUUCAUUUUGAGAUUUGAAAUAAUUAAAUUCUCAGACCCGAGUUGCCAUUGAGUCUUUAUAAUAAUAAGCUCUGCAGAUUUUACACAACAGGCACGGGUGCUCAAGAUGGAACAACUGGCCACAAGUUCACAAAAGCCAAAACUUAUACAAAGAGGCUGUUACAUAACACAUAAUAUGAAAAAAGAAGACAUGCCAGAACUAAUACAAAGAGGUGCUUCAUAAUAAGAAAAAAGAUAUAAAAUCCUCCUCUUUGUCUAUCUGCUGUGUCUGUCCGCUGUAGCAAACUCCCUGUUUGCCAAGGUCACAGGGGAUUUCAACAACCUUAGACACUGGUCAGUGGUAUUUUUCCUAACAACAUCUUAGUGGUUCCUUCUAUCAGUCAUUGCCCAAAUAUAAAAAUUGCUAUCACAUUGCUUUUCUACUUUUGACCCACAGGUGGCGCUGCAGUAUAACAGCAGCAAAUCCCAGUCAAAGCCUUUAUAUUCAGUCUAUGAGUCAAACACAUGGAUCAUUUCCUCUGUGACAAACCAGAUGUAACAAGAAGAAAAACAUCUCAGAGAGAAAAGUUCUGUUUCUACUUGUCUCUGCUUUAAUGCUCAAUAAACAUCCUUCCACCGA